AUGGGUUUUCUUUCUGCCAUUACUGCCAUUUUUCUUGUCGGUACCGUCUUAAGCGCAACCCUUCCGACCAUUCCUUCACCAUCAGGACCCUACGGCGUGGGGCUUCAAACCGCAGAGCUUAUCAACAAUGCCUUACUUGAUCCAUAUGCUCCCUCCAACGUAUCGCGGCGAAUAAUGGUAUCAGCCUUCUAUCCGACUUCUCGUGGCACCUCUUGCAAACAGACUAAAUACCCCUACAUGCCACCUGCAACAGCUCAGGUCUAUGACACCAUGUAUGCUCCAGUAGGGCUGCCAAAUGGCACUUUCGAGGCCAUCGGGAUGUCUCUAUGCAACCCGACUGCUACUACCUCUGAUAGGGGGAGGCCACGCCGCCAAAGCCAUCCUGUCGCCCUAUUCUCACCUGGCCUCGGGAACUCUCGACUGAUCUACAGCGUCACUGCAGCGAGUCUGGCGGCCCAAGGAUUUAUUGUAUUUACCAUUGACCACCCCUACGACGCGCCCAUAGUGGAGUUUCCGGACGGAAGCACUGUGCCCGCCGUCGACAUUGACACAAAAGACCAGAUCGUUGCCGCAUUGAAAACACGGACUAAAGACCUGCUGUUCGUGGCCGAACAACUGCACAACGCUACCUUUACCCGAACGAUCUUGAACGGCUUAUACGGGACCCCCGACCUCAGCCGCGUCUUCGCAUGCGGACACUCAUUAGGUGGCGCGACCGCGGCUGGCGCAAUGCUGAAGAACAGUAACAGCAGCAUCCGCGCCGGGAUCAACCUUGACGGCACGCUCUUCGGAGACGUGACCACGGUCGGACUCAACAAGCCUUUCGCGAUGUUGUCGCACGAAGGCAAGAACCUGACGUCUGAUCCCUCGUGGGCCGAGACGUGGCCCCGGCUCAACAAUUCAAAGAUCGCUGCGACGGUCCGAGGCACUCAGCACGGCAGCUUCACGGACUUCCCGGUCUUGGUGGAUGUGCUUGGUCUGCGAGACGCAUUGGGUGACGGCGCUUCAGAGUUGGUUGGGACAGUCUCCGGAAGGCAAAUGAUGGAGCUCCUGUCAGGAUUUGCCAGUGCCUUCUUCCGCUUCGCUGGAGGUCAGACACGGUCAGCGGCGUUGGAACGAGCCUUGGGUCAGUUCUCUGAAGUAGAGGUUCUGGAUUCGGUUCUGAGACCGCAGACUGAGCACUUGUCGAAUGCGUGA